GUAGUGCCAUUCCGAUUGCGCCUGUUCUUGGUUGAAGAAAUUUUGUAAAGAGAAAAGAACGAGAGAGAAAGGGGGCAAACCUGAGAUCCUACAUCAAUCCAGAAGCUAUGUGGAGAAGAAUUCCUUCAAAGGUUCGAGCCCUAGCCUCCUCUUCCCGAUCUACUUCCGUUCUCAGCCGCUACGCCGUAGCCAAUGCAUCUUCUCCGUCGCGUCUUUCUCCACCUAUCUCUAUCAUUUCUCGCUCUUUCAGCCCCGAUCUCGGAACUGCUCCGCUGAAGAGGAAAGUCGAAGAUGUGAUGCCUAUUGCUACCGGACACGAGCGGGAAGAGCUGCAAGCUGAGUUGGAAGGGCGUCAGGUUCUGGAUAUCGACUAUCCUUCUGGUCCUUUUGGAACACAGGAAGCCCCUUCUAUCAUAAAAUCCUACUACGAUAGAAGAAUUGUUGGAUGCCCCGGAGGUGAAGACGAAGAUGAGCAUGAUGUUGUUUGGUUCUGGCUAGAGAAGGGAAAGACACACGAAUGUCCUGUCUGCACUCAGAACUUUGCGUUGGAAGUGGUGGGUCCAGGGGGGCCACCCGACGGGCAUGGCGACGAUGAUCAUGAUCAUCACCACUGAUUUUCAUCGCCUUAAGUUCUCAUCUGCUUGCUUGGAUUAUGCCUUGUAUAAAGAUGUAUGAGGUGAUAAUCAGUAAAUCAGCGAAUUCAGAAUUCUAAGAUUCUCCUUUUUUGGCCGAAGUUGCUAUGGCAACAGUUAACUGAAUAAUAUAUUUGUUCGUCUAUUUGGCGAAUAUGAUUUUGCAUAAAUUUCCCUGCAAAGUGCAAACAAUAAUACUGAUAAUGGACAAAGCUUUUGUUCUUCCUCA